AAUGUUAAAAUGGACGGGAAGUAAAUCGCUGAUGAACUGUUUCUUUUCCACAGAUUGUCUAAACCCACAGGGAAAAUGGUGGAAAAUUCACCGUCGCCGUUGCCAGAAAGAGCGAUUUAUGGCUUUGUUCUUUUCUUAAGUUCCCAAUUUGGCUUCAUAUUGUAUCUUGUAUGGGCGUUUAUUCCUGAGUCGUGGCUAAACUCCUUAGGCUUAACCUACUGGCCUCAAAAGUAUUGGGCAGUUGCAUUGCCUGUCUACCUCCUUAUCACUAUAGUGAUUGGUUACAUACUCUUAUUUGGAAUCAACAUGAUGAGCACCUCUCCACUUGACUCCAUUCACACGAUCACAGAUAACUAUGCUAAAAACCAACAGCAGAAGAAAUACCAAGAAGAAGCCAUCCCAGCGCUAAGAGACAUUCCUAUUAGUGACGUAAACCAAAUGUUCUUUCUUACAGCCAAAGAACUUUACAGCGAAAAAUGAAUUGUAUGGAGACAUGCCAACACCAAGCAUUUAUUUAUAAAUUUUU